AGAAAAGCACUUUCUCUAAGGUUUAGCAGCAAGUAGCAGCAGCAACAGAAGCAGCAAUGAGACGCCGUGUAUUCCUCGCUGUGUUGCUCAGCCUGGUGUUGGGCCUUUUGAAAGAAACCACUGCUGCCUCAGACGGAGAAGAAUCAACAACUGUGCCAACAACCUCAAAAACUCCAGGAAGUGGGGAUGAAACUGAACCAACUACUUCCCCAUCAGUGAAUACAACCCCAAAUAAUACAGAGAACUUCUGCAGUUCAGACCCUUGUGGAAGAAAUUUUGCUAAAUGUGUUUCUUUAAAAAGCAAUUAUACCUGCCAGUGUGACUAUGGAUUCUACUAUAGCAAGGAGGAUAAGAAUUGUUACAAAGCGGAUGUAUACCCAGGGGUCAUUAGUGUGAAUCAAUACUCCAAUGAUAGUGUUAAAACUGUGAAUUCCACAGCAUAUGAAGAGGUGUUCAACGGUGUAUCAGAAUUUUUUGAAAAGGCCUUCAAAAAUUUAUCGACCUAUGAACAGACAGUCAUCGUGGAAAUUCAACCUUCAGAAAAAUCCAGAGCUGCUAGUGAAACGAUUGUAACAGUGAUGAACCUGUUUCGGGAGAACUCAAGUGUGACCAAUGAAACAGUUUCUCUUGCAGUAGAACAAGCGAUAAAAGAAAAUGUAUCCUAUGUCUCUUCUUACAAAGAGGCAAGGAAAUGUGAUGUGUUUGAAUGUGAUACUCAAACCACAGUCUGUGUAGAAGGCCUGUUUCCAGAAUGCCAAUGCAAAAGUGGUUUAGAAAAGACAGAAUGGGAUGAUCGUUCUUGUUCAGCUUGCAGUAAAAGCUGUUCUGCGCAAGCACACAAGUACUGCACAAUAAAAGAAGGGAUCCCAAAAUGCACAUGUAUGACUAACUUUAAAGAGAAAGAUGGAGAAGAUGGAGAAUGCGUACCUUGUCGAGUGGGCUAUUCUGGGGAGAACUGCACUGACAACACUGAACUCAUCCUUAUAAUAGUGGGUACAGUUCUUGGAGCCAUUAUUCUGAGUUUAGUGAUAGCAGUCUCUGUAAUUUCAGCAAGAGCCAAACACAAACAAAAUCCAGAGAAGAAGAGGCUGAUAAAGUCAGGAUAUUCCGACACAGAUCUCUCUGAUGAUAGACCGACCAUAACGUUCCCCAGAGUCCAGACCACUUCUGGCCAUGCAAACCCAGGAUAUCAGCCAAACAACCCAUAUGAGAUACCUUCCACAAAUAAAGGUCAUUUUUUGGAGAGGGAUUAUGAUGAUUUGUACGAACCAUCACAGGAGCGUGGGGGCUUUAGGAUGCAGAGCAGAUACUAAGUGACAAGAGCAGUAGAAGGACCUACGACCACUGCAACACUGGGUCAGACCAAAGAGUUUCACAGCCUCUCACCAAUGCAGUUACUUCAGCAGAGGAGACAACAAAGUCCUUGACUCCAGAUUCUCUCAAGAUUUUCUAAAAGAAGACCCUCGCUUGAAAGAGAUCAUGGACAACUCUGAAAUAAGGGGAAAAUGUAGUAGGGGAUAGGGAAAAGAAGAAGAUAUCUUUUAAAAAAACUAAUGAGCUCCAAUAAACAUUAGACUUCUUUGAGAAGGCCAGUACACUGGCAAGAGAGCAAAUGUAUACAAGAUAUCAGGAUUUUAAUCCUGCUGGUUUUCAGUUCUUCUGGAAGAGGGUCCAAGCAGUAUGUGUGAUGCUGAAAAAUGUCGGCAUCCAGAGCUUUACCUUUAUUUGUGCUCACUCAAUUUCAACUAAGGCUUUGGGCAGAUCAAAACUGUUUUUCAUGAGAUCCUACCCUGUUUCACUUUACUAUAUCAGAUACAGUCUUUUUUACCCUCCUCAACCCCCUGUAUUUCCUAUCUGAAAGCAUUUUGUUCAGAUCUCUGCUGACAUGUGUUGUGUAAAACAAUGGCACUUGUCUGAUGUUUUCCACAGCCUUCCUUCCCAAUAAAAUGGCAAGAAACAAUAUCUUCAAACAAACAACUUUGUUCUCCUUGCUGCCCAACUGCAUUGAUUUUACAUUCUCAGUUCCUGUGGAAAGUGUUAGAUUUUUUUUUUCUCUUGCACUCUUUGUAUUUGAAUGAUCUUAAGGUUGGUGUUUGGGUUUUUUCCCCCCGAUUUCUUACAUAUGGUCAGUAAAUCUAUCUGUAAAAGAAUCCACAUUUUACCGAGUGUGCAUUAUCUAUUGGCUAGCAUUAACAUUUUCUUUAUAUAUAUAUAAAAUAUGUAUAAGCACACAUAUGUACAUAUAUUUAUAGUUUACAUUCAUU